GUUGGGGCGCGCUCGUAUAGGAGAUAGACGUAUGAUAGACGGUUAUCUGUAGAUUUGACUCAGGACUCAAGCUGCACGAUACCAUGUUCUUGACAGAGCAGGAACGCGCGCUCUACCGCCUAGAGCCCACACCCGAGGUGGUCAAGACCGCAUGGGACACAAUCCACGGACACAAAGCGGCCAUCGGAGACCUCGAGGACCGCAUCCAAGACCUCCUCAACCAGGUCCGCGACUUGCGCUAUGACCAGGCGAAGCACCGCGCGUCGAUCGAGCGCUGCAAGGGCCUCAUCACACUCGCGCGCCGUCUCCCGGAGGAACUGCUCAUCAAGAUCUUCGACCACUGCGUUGCGGAUGGCUGGACGCGUGCGCCCGUCGUCGUUUCGCACGUCUGCACCUCAUGGCGCAAGGCCGCGCACGCGCCACAAGUCUGGAAGCACGUGUAUGUGAAGUGCGACGAUGCGCAGGUGCUGGACCGGACGCGAUUUUGGCUGGGGAUGGCGGGCGGGGCGGGUCUGCAUAUCACGGUCACUGCGUCAUGGCGUGUUCCCGCGAGGCCGGUGCUGGACGUGAUGGCCCUGCUGGUAGAGCGGAGUGCGCAGUGGAAGUCCUUGACUAUCGAGACGGACUCGUUGCGUCACGCGGACAUCAUCCUUGCCGAGUGUAGUCGCCCGACUCCCGAACUGCGCGAGGUGGACAUCAAGACGGCCGCCCUCGAUCUUGCAGAUGUCGACGGUAUCUCAGAUCUUUCGCGGUUGGCGGAGACGUUCAACAAGGACACUGCACCUAGGCUGUCCUCGGUGUCCUACGUCUCCACCGUCGUCCCUGCCGUGCCUAUCUUCCCCACGCACCUCACUGGCCUCGUUCUCGAGGUUAAGGAGAGUCCAGUCAGUAGACCGCUCUCCGCCGAGGGAAUCAUGAACAUCCUAGAGCGCCUCCCAGAGCUACGCACCCUCUCGCUCACCAUGCCCUUCAUAUACGAACACGAGUACAUCCCAGAACAAGACCCGGACAAGAUGGCCUCGCUCCCCUCUCUCACCAGUCUCACGCUCUACGGGCCCACCGACAUGAACGAGCUCCUCCCACAUCUCCACACCCCCUCCCUGCGCGAGCUCCGCCUCCGCUCCCUCGAAGACCUCGGGUACCGCCAACGCCCCAUCGGCCCGAGCCUCACGCGCUUCAUCGAGACGUCCUGCCCACCUCUGCAUCUCCUCGAGCUGCACGACAUCGACCUCGACCCAGACACUUUCGCCACAUGCUUCCGCGCGCUCCCGGACCUGCUCGAGCUGCGCCUGCACGAGUCCUCGAUCUCGGAUGCCACCGUGCGCCUGCUGCACGGCCCGCGCGGGCUCUGCCCCCAGCUGACGCGCCUCGACCUGCGCUGGUGCGGACACCUGCGCGGGCGCGCGCUCGUGGACCUCGUGCGGAGUCGCCUGGCCGUAGACGACCGCCCUGGCGUCGGGGCGGAGCCGAUCGAGGAGGUGGGGGUGAUCAACUGCUGCUUCGUGACGGAGGAGGAUGUCUUGGAUCUCGCGCGGAUGACGGUGUGCAGGCUCGUGACGCGCGACAGCGACGAUUAUUGCCGUACAUGCGGGUGUUGCGCGAACCAGAGAUAUAGGACGCGUCUGCGGUUGCGGCACGUCUCUGAGCUCAUCGAGCAGGGUGCAAACAUCAAGUUGAUUUUGUAGAGCUCCUCGUCGCGGUACGUCGUGGAAUUAGAAUAGAUAGACCCGUUUGUCGCCCUUGUUAAGGUCCAGAUGGUGCGGGCAUCUAGCAGGUUGUGCAAAUAUAUUUCUUCACCGUUC